GUCCUGUCCAGCUUCUCAGGCAAAUCAUAUAGUUGAUGUAGAUGCCCAUGUCGGCUGUUCAGAUUUACUUUACAAAAGAGAAACAAAAACAACAACAGCAAACAACAACAACAACAACAAUAGAGCAACAUCAGCAAAUAUGACAUGUACAAAUAUGAUGGUAAAAGUAAUAGCAAAUAAGCAGUUAGCGAAAAAUAAAAAAUAAUACAGAAAUAACAAUGAGCAUUAUUACACUACAAAUGGAUCAAUACAAAUACCAAUAGAAAUAGCGCUAUUGAUAAUGAACAAUACCAAUAAUUUACCUUUAUUAUCAACAAUACAGUUGUUUAAAUGCAACAAUACAUAUACAUAAUGAUAACUUGAGAUACGAAAGAAUGCAGAAAAAUGGAGGGGGAGAAAGAGAAGCAACCUACAUUAACCUUGUAGAUUGUUAUAGUCACAAUAGGUUAAGCUUUGUCAGUGUGCCAUGUGUUACACCCAGUUUACCCUAGGGCAACAACGUUAAUAUAUGUUUGAUGAAACGUGAUUAUGUGCAUGAGUGUAAGUAUGCAUAUGUACUUGUAUAUGUACAGAAUGUGUAUAUGUGUUUGUACAAUGAAUGUAUAUGUACAGAAUGUGUAUAUGUGUUUGUACAGUGAAUGUAUAUGUACAGUAUGUGUAUGUGUAUGUUUGUAUAUUGAAUGUGCGUGUGGAUGUACGAACAUUAGGUAGGUAAAUAUGUACUGUAUUUGUGUAUGUAUGUGGGAGCGUAGGUACCUAUGUACGUAUGUGAGCAUAUGUGAAUUUGCAUGUACAAUACAUUCGACUCCCAGAGUGCGUGGGAGCCAGAGCACGGCCCCAUCACCCCCGAGAGCCCAACCCACAAACAGGAGGCGUGGAGCCCAGGGAACCAGGGACCACCGCCCCCACGCAGCCAAGCCGGCCAGCGACAGGAACCCCAGAGCCCGACCCAACGUACCGCCCACAAGGGCCAGCAGCAGGCCGCAGACAGACGCACCCGGCAGAGGACAGGGCACGAGAAAAGCAGGGGACAGCCAGACCCCAAGCCAGCGAGAGACCACACCCCACACGGGCAGAAAGGCGAGACGCCCCGCCCGAGGGACCCAGAGACUCCCCGCAACCGGACGGGAAGACCGCCCCCGCCCCACCGGCAACCGGGCCCCCACGAGCCCACCCCCCACCCCCGGAGAGCGCGGCGAGGCCCGCCCCCGGCCACCCCACCCAAAUCGGCCGCCGCAGGACCACCCAGGCACAGGGCCACGGGAACCACCCACCCCACCCGCAGGGACCCCAACGAUGGAGAUGGAACAACCAGCAACCGCCCCGCCGAGCCCCCCCCCUGAGGGAGGGGAAAAUUAAAAAAUAAUAUUAAUAAAAUAUAUUAAAAAAUAAAUAAAUAAAUUAAUUAAUUAAUUUUAAAAAAAAGAAUUAAAAGAAGAUCACAGACAUGCUGACAAACAAGGUCACUACCCCAGCAACUGGCCGACUCGCAGCACCUCGGAAUACCUUGCAGCACCAAGCUACCACAAUAGACGCAGGGACUAGGCCCAACAGGCCCCAACCAAGACGGGCACCCGGAAGGGAUGGACAGCGGGACCCAGGAGCUCCAGACACGCAGUUCGGAUGCAGUAGCCUGAGGCGUCGACCCCCGUCUGACAGGCAGGCCCAGAGCGUACCCCCAGAAAUAUACAUACAUACAUACAUAUAUACAUACACAUACACACAUACACGUAUACAUACCCACACAUACACAUAUAUACAUAUACAUACACAUAUGUACACAUACACAUAUAUAAACAUACAUACAUACACACACAUAUACAUACAUAUACACAGUUCGUCAGCCCCGACAGCCAUCACGCGCGCGCGCUGCCAUCAGUCACAACUUCAGCCACACCCCUGCACCAGACCCAGCAGCCACGGGCGCCCACAC